AUGCCUCUAGGUAUCAUACAAGUGGAUGGGCAGCAUGCCCCCGGUACUUUCCUGUUGAUUAAUCAAACAGCGGGAGAUGAUUUGUUCCAAACAAAGCAUGACACUAGCAAGAAAGCAGACGUCAUUCUUGUUCCUCAACCCUCCGAUAGUCCAAAUGACCCGUUAAAUUGGCCGCCAUGGAAGAAGAACUUGGCGUAUGCUGUUAUAUUUGCAAAUUCUAUUAUUUAUGCUUCUAUUCCCGCACCACUAAUCGCCCCAUCCACCGUCUUAUUGUCGCAAUCGCUUGGGCGAUCGAUUAAAGACGUUUCAAUGCUAACUGCAUAUCAACUGCUUGUAUGUGCAUGUUACGGACCAAUUGCCUCUGCCUUAGCACAUAAGUACGGGAAACGGCCACAAUUUAUCUUUGGCGCUGUUAUGGGAUUGGUUGGGACAAUCGUCUGUUGCACUACUACCCAUAGCUAUAGCGUCUUGUUAGCCGGCCGGAUCAUCCAGGGUAUUGGUUCAUCCGUGUUUGAGAGUCUAUCAAUGGCGGUUAUUGGUGAUCUCAGGACGUUCAGUGACACCAACUUAUUCAAGCUGGUCUUUGCCCCAUUUGGUGUGCUUCUGAAUCCUGCAGUUAUAUGGUUUACGAUUGUGGGCAGCGUGUGCAUUGCUCUUUAUGUCGCUCUCUCCUAUAUUCUCGCUCAAAUAUGGUCACCUCCUCCCUAUAAUCUAAAUGCCAGGCAAAACGGUACUUUCUAUGUUGGUGCAUUGAUUGGAGGGCUGCUUAGCAGCACAGUCAGCCCAUGGGUAGGGGAUAUAAUCGCCAGCAAGAUGACCAAGUGGAACAAAGGGGUAUAUGAGCCCGAGUUCCGCAUCCCAAUGAUAAUAUUUGCUACUCUAUUCUGUGGCAUUGGAUGGUUUGUCUUUAUGUGGGAUCUUGACAACCCAACUCCCCAUGGUUAUUAUCUCGGUGCAUUCUGUCACGGCUGUCUCUGCGCUGGUACAACUAUCGGGAUGACCGUUGCCAGCCUUUAUGCACUCUCCUUUCUGACAUUAGUUGGGUGUGACAGUGAUUCCUGCCGUGAAAGCUCUACAGAGAUCUUCGUUCUCGCGAUGGCAUCCAAGAACUUCCUUUUCUACGGGUUUUCUGAAUUCAUCAACGACUGGACAGAACGAAAUGGCCCGCAUGAAGUUUUAAGGACUUUCGGGAUUGUGACAAUGUGCAUCAUGGCUACUUCACUCGUGUUGUACAUUUUCGGCAAGGUAAACCGUUGUUUUAUGCACAAGGUCGGCUUAAUGAACAAGUUGAUGGGGUAUCAAUACUAG